GAAAGUUCAAAAUCUCGAAAAGCCGAGGAGGUGGAGAUGUGGGUGAGUUGGAUUCGGGUACUAAAUGUUUGGAUCCGAAGUCGACCCGCUUCACCCGGUAACGCGAUGGUGGGUGGAUGCUGCAGGCACUGCUAGGGUUUGGGCUGAUCCCAUGGUUAAUGAGGCCCUUGUCUUCAUACACAAAAGGACUACUCUUCAGGAACCUGUACAAUCAACUCAAAAGGAAUCGGCAGAACUUAUAGUUUACAACGAACAGCCUAUCACAGCACUUAACAACAAUUUCUUGCCAAAGUAUUUGUCGCAAGAACCGGAAAGAACUCCUUCCAAGUCUUUGCAAGACCAAGAAGUUACUUGUUCAAAAUUCAGAAUUCAAGAGAAGAUGGAAACUUCCCCAACAGCGAAAAUGAGGCUUUAUGAGAUCUGUGUGGCAAAACAUUGGAAACGCCCUUCAUUUGUCUUGUGUAAGGAGGAAGGGCCUAACGAUAGAAAGAUGUUCACCUUCAGGGUUAUUGUUCAUAUUGAAGGGAUCAGCUCUACACUUUUAGAAUGUUAUAGUGAGCCUAAACAACAGAAAAGAGCAGCCCAAGAGAAUGCAGCUGAAGGAGCACUCUGGUACCUUAAGCAUCUUGGUUAUUUGUCCAAACCAUGAGAAAUCAUUCUGCAAACUUUCAUGCUAUUAAAGAUGUCAUAAGAUUUUGAAUUUUUGAUGUUUUUCCUGUUCGAUCAACGGGAAAGUGUUAUUUUCACACUAUCAGAAUUUGUGAUGAGAACAUGGAUAGUAUCCUUCAGAUACUAUCUCAGAUUUUGGAUGUGAUAUCAUUCUGUAAUUGGACUUCUAAAUUAUUGAAAACAUUUUGGAUCAA